AUGGCCGACGAUGAAGAAGAAAUGGGUGAAGAAGAAAAUACAAAUAAUUUAGGCACUUAUGAAGGUGAACGUAAUGAAAACAAUGAACGACAUGGUUUUGGUAAAGCAAAAUUACCUAAUGGAGAUACAUAUGAAGGACAAUAUCAAAAUGGCAAAAGAUAUGGAACAGGAACUUAUCGAUUUUUAAAUGGUGCUCGUUACAUAGGAGAUUAUAUGAAAAAUAAACGACAUGGUCAAGGAACAUUUCAUUAUCCUGAUGGAUCAAAAUAUGAAGGUGAAUGGAAUGAUAAUGUACGUGAAGGUCAUGGAACAUAUACAUAUCCAAAUAAUGAUACAUAUGUAGGUGAAUGGAAAAAUCAUCAAAGACAUGGAAAAGGAACUUAUACAUAUGCAGCUACAAAAGCACAAUAUAUUGGUACAUGGAAUAAUGGUAAACGGCAAGGUCCAGGAGAAAUGCAAUUUGCUCAUUAUAAAUAUGUUGGUAGAUUUCAUGAUAAUUAUCCAAAGGGUAAAGGCAAGUUUGUUUUUAAAAAUGGAUAUCAACAAAAUGGUGAAUAUCAUAUUACAUCAACGGCUGCUGAUGAUGAUUCAGAUGCUCCACCUCAAGUACAAUACAAAUGGAUUGCUCAUGAUGUUACUGCAGUUGAACAAGAACAACCUUAUGAUUUAGAUGAUGAACAAGCUGAAACAGAUAGAACACAAGAAUUAAUUAAUAAAUUUAAAAAAAAACAAUUAACUAAUCAAGAAGAACAUGAUACUCUACAAAGAAUGCAUAUCCUUUCGGAUAAUAAUACUCCUGAAAAUCCAUUGAAUAAUGAACCAGGUGAAACAUUUGAUGGUAAUGAAGAUAUUGAUGAAAAUCGACAAGAAAAUGGUGAAAUACCAGGCGACGAGGAAUUUGAUGAAGAACAAUAG